AUGGGCGGUGGCCCAUUCACUUCCUUCCGUGCUGACCAUUCACGUCGGGUUCCGUCUACGGGUGGCUAUGAUAGUGACUGUAUCUACCGUCAUCGCAUCAUUAUAUUUUCCGUUGGAGGUUUCAGUGGGACAGUGUUUGGAGGUCUGCACUGUCUGGGCUGGAAUGCUUUGUUUCAGGGGCACACAGAGCAAAUAAUAUGGCGUACGGCUUCCCUUGCGAUAGUAUUCGUACCAAUAUCUUUUGUCUUAUUGUCUGUCUAUAUCCUUUGGCUGCAUGAUGUGGACGCUUCUGACGGUAUUAUCGCAAAUUUAGCUUUACUCACUAGCCUUUUCGUAUAUAUUGUUGCACGCGUUACACUGAUUGUACUUAUAUUGAUGAGCUUUCGAUCGUUACCUCCUGGCGUAUACGAUACAGUAGCUUGGACCAAGUUUAUUCCACACUUGUAG